AUGCGUCAGGUUGAGGUUCAGGCUAUCGAGGCCAUUUCGGAAGUGCCGUCGUCGACAUCUGCAUCGCCACCACAUCAUCUCCAUCACGCUCGCGAUAUCCCACUUUCGGCUUCAUCCCGCGCUCUCGACGUCGACGCAGCAUUAUCCCACACCAUCUGCUCAUCGUUCGGUUCCAUCCGCAGUGUUUCGAUCGGCUCAUCCACGCGUCGUCUGCACACUCGACUCCACAUCCGAGCGAAUCCUGGCUCAGCACUCGUCCUUGACUCCAUCGUCAUCCAUCACCGGCGCCACUCUGCAUUCACCCACAUCGAGACCGGAAAAAGACCGCAAGCAUACCCUGCCGAGCAUCGAACUUCACCCGGAUCGCACGCCGCGAGAUGUCACUCUGGCCUCUUUCAUAGCCAGCCCCACCCGGACACACCCGUACGCACCACGACAGCGCUCAUGUCUCCCUGCUCUAGUCGUAGCCCGUGA